AGGAGAAGUGCUGAAAGAAAGAAAGAAAGAGGAGGGGACCAGAGGGAGGCAGGCGGGGAGAGACUAUAAACGGAAAAAAAAAAAAGUUAAUCUACACAUCAACACAUCGUAGUCUUCGUCCCUCAUCGCAGGAUUUAAGAUACUUCUUCAAAAAGGAAACCAACUGAUCGACAGCAGCCAUGGGUUUAGAGGGGGGCAUGAAAUGUGUCAAGGUCCUGCUUUUCUUUUUUAACUUCAUAUUCUGGUUAUGUGGCCUCGGGUUGAUUGUCGUGGGAAUCAUGGUUCAGGUGGCUAUGCACAAAACCCUCACGAUCAAGGAUGCGUCAGCGUCAGGCGCUCCCAUUGUCGUCAUCGGGAUCGGCGUGGUGAUCUUCUUCAUCGCCUUCUUCGGCUGCUGUGGCGCCUGGAAGGAGAACUACUGCAUGGUCACCACGUUUGCCAUCCUUCUGUCUCUGAUCAUCAUUGUUGAGAUUGCAGCAGCCAUCGCUGGAUACAUCUUCAGGGAGAAACUCUCCACCAUCGUCCAGGACAGUCUCGUUGAUAUGAUUCCCAAAUACAACAGCUCGUCUAAAUUCAAAGAAACUGUGGAUAAACUGCAGAAGGAUUUGAGUUGCUGCGGCGUGAACAGUACCUCUGACUGGAAAAACUUCUAUCCUGAUCAAAACUCUGUGCCUGACUCCUGCUGUGUCAACGUCACUGUAAACUGUGGAUCAGGAGCCUUGUCAACCCCCGCCAAAUUGCACAAGGAGGGUUGUCACGAUGCUAUGGAGGCUUUCCUGAAGAAAAACAUCCAGUGGGUGAUCAUCGCGGCUCUCGUAAUUGCCUUCCUGCAGAUAAUGGGAAUCGUGUUCGCCUGCUUGUUGAUGAGAGGCAUCCGCAGCGGCUACGAAGUCAUGUGAUCGAGGAGUUCAGGCGCCAUGUUAUUGUGAGCUUCAUUCGGAGGCCUUUUUUUGUAUGUUUAUCUGAUACUUCAGAUAUCAUGCACAGAACAAUUUAUUUUCCAGCAAACUGAUUUUGGAUUAUAUUUUCAUAGAUAAAGAAUAUUCCUGCUUUGAUACUGUAUUCCAUUUGGACUUUUAAUGAUAGACAAGAUUAGCGUUCUGUUUGUUGUUGUUGGUGGUUGUUGUAAAAUGUUCUAACAUCUUUUUUCUGCUUGAUAUCUGUUUGGGAGUUUUUACAUGUGUCUGGUUGCUAGUUUCUGUUUUUAUUAAAGACACUUUAAAGGA